GCCGAGGGAGGGGGAGAGGGGAGGGGGGGAGGAGAGACGGAGCAGCCUUCUCUUUCCUUAGCAUCCCUCCCUCUCAGGGCCACUGGGAGGGCCUUCCUUUAGCAAGAAAGUUCCCAAGUCUUAGGAAGCUUCGCUCAGGGCCAGGAGAGGAUCUCACUCCUUCAUUUCCUGCAAGGGCCGCGGGGGCAUUUUACCUGCGUUAAGAACUAUUGGCAGCCAGAUAAUUUGACACCAGAACUGAGGACGAUCUGCUGGGACUCUUCAUCAACGAGGGGACAUUCACACCGUGACCCAUGCCAGUGCCACCGCCACCGCCACCGCCUUUGCCCCCGCCCCCUCCCCCCACUGGGCCACCUCCACCCCCUCCACCUUUGGCACCUUCGCCAAGCACUGAGGCCCCCAGACUGAAGAAGGAUGUGACCCAAGGUCGCAGUGCGCUGCUGGCGGACAUUCAGCAGGGGACUCGAUUAAGGAAAGUCACUCAGAUCAAUGACCGGAGCGCCCCGCAGAUCGAAACUUCGAAAGGAGCCAACAAAGAAAGUGGAGGUGCUCCUGGGAACUCCCGAGGGGGCAACCCACAGGCCCUGGGAGGCCUGUUUGCAGGGGGCUUUCCUGUGCUGAGACCAGCUGGCCAGAGGGAUGGCUCAGGUGCUGGGUCCAGAGCUCCGUCCCCUCGGCUUCCCACUAAGAGCAUCAGCGGUCCGCUGAACCCACCCUCGUCUCCAAGACUGGGAAACGCACCCGAAGCAUCUGCCCUUCCAAGAUCUGUUCCUCCUCGUCCCAACGUGCCUGCCCCUCCGCCUCCCACCACCCCUCCCCCUCCUCCUCCUCCGCCUCCCCUUCCUCCAUCCAUGUCUCUUUCCGCCAUCGUCAAGCCCUCCCUCGUGUCCCCCCCGGCUCUGCUGACCAAAACCAGCGCUCAGAUAGUGGCCCCCCCGCCCCCCACCAUGGCCCCCCCACCUCCUCCCCCAACUCCCCCUCCUCCACCUCCACCUCCACCUCUACCUCUGCAGAGCGAGAAGGCAGCGAAGCCUCCGAUCGGGCCAGUGAACGUGCCCCCUCCUCCUCCCCCUCUCCCUCUCAUUCCCCCCUGUGGGUUUCCUGGGCAAGUUGCAGAUGCUUCCAGUCCCACUCCUCCUCCGCCAGAUCUUCGGGAUCCGACACCUCCACCCCCGCCCCCACCUCCACCCCUCCCUCUGUAUUCGUCUCCUUCCCCCAGGCCAUCUUUGUCCCCGACACCUUUACCAGGCUCCAAUAAUAACAGUGACGCUGCCCCUCCACUGCCUCUCAAGUCCCCUAAAGCCAGCCUACAGUCAGUGCCCCUUCCACCCACUCCUCCAGCCUCUCAGUCCACCAUACUGGUGCAGAAGAAAAGACCUGGCAGAGGGGCAGGUACAGGUGGGGGAAAACUGAAUCCACCCCCAGUACCCCCAGCAAGAUCCCCAACAACAGAGCUAUCCAGCAAAAGUCAGCAGGCCCUGGCCUGGGUGGGUACACCACAACCUGGAGCACCCUUGAGGAAUGGAAACUUGCACAUCACAGAUGACUUCGAGUCCAAAUUUACUUUUCAUUCGGUAGAAGACUUCCCUCCUCCCGAUGAAUACAAGCCGUGUCAGAAGACAUAUCCCAGCAAGGUCCCCAGAAGCCCAACUCCAGGUUCCUGGCUCCCAGCAGAGGCGACUGGCCGGGGAAAUGAGGAUGCCAAGGGUCGAAAUUCUCAGUUACCACUGAAAACUCUACGGUAAGAAGACAGAUGAAGUCAAAGUCCCAUCAUCAUGCCCUGGUCCAUACAAGAGGCUGGAGGAUCUGUCUGGGAAUGCCAUCGGCAACCACACCAAACUCAAGUUUUUGUUUUUCAUCUGACAAACCAGUUCAGAAGCGAGCCCUUAUUUAUUAUAGUUAGGUCAUUUGCAAGGCUUUGAAUCAGUGUUGUAGCUGUCUUUUAUUUUAGCCAUUUAUUUUUUAAAUAUGCUCAGAUAUGCGGCAGCCCAUUUGUCCAAAUCCGUGCAAAGAAGAGUUUUGCCCCAGCCUGAUUAGUGGUAUUGGAGAGAGGGUACUUCUUCCUCUUCCUGUCCAGUGUUCAUUCCAUGACUGUAAAUAGCCACAUGGGCUGACCCUUCCUGUGUCUUAAAAAUUUUGGAAUCACCUUUAGAGAAGUUUUAGCUAGUCCCCAUGUUCAAGAGUUCAUGGCAACUUGUCAGUGACAUGAUUUCAUAGUCUAAUCGCACCAGCUAGGUAAUGAAACCCCAAAAUGCCUUACAGAAUGGAUGAACAAGCAACAUACUCAUACUACAGGAAAUGGAUGUCACCAGUCAGCACGGAAUGACCAGAAUGUCAUGCUCUCUACCCUUCCUGCGCCCUUCCCUCCUAUUUUCAAUAUGUGGAUUUUGUUGCCUAAUGUAAAUAUGACCCUUAAUAAAAAAAAAAGGAGAGAAGGAAUUUUGUUUCCAUACAAACAAUGAC